CUCUCCUAAUCUUCAUCACUGCGGGUGCAGAGGGACUGUAGAGAAUGGAUUAUCAUACUUCAGGCCAUCCCAGUCAAUCCAGCCACGCCUCCAGCUUCCACUGGCUGUCAUUUGCGUACCAGGGACUGACAGAAAUCCCUUAUGAAACUAUCCUCACACAGACAGACACUCUGGAGGUGCUGGACCUGAGCUACAAUCUGCUGGAUGAUCUUUAUUGGAACCCGGUUCUGCUCGGUCAGCUGGAGAAGCUCGGCACUCUGAUUCUGGACUGCAACAAGUACACAUCUCACGUGAAGUUCCCCUACAUGCCCAGAGUGACCACAGUGUGCAUCAACAAGAACAAAAUCAACAAUCUGCCCGUGUUCGUGGAGGAAAUACGACGCAAGUUCCCCAACAUCAAGAUCCUCAGUAUGAUGAACAACGAGGCCGCACCAAGCUACUUCAAUGGAGGAAGCCUGACCCAGUUCAAAGACUACAGACAGUACGUCAUCAGUCAGAUUCCAGGUCUGGAGAUUCUGGAUGACACAGAGGUCCUGGAGAAGGAGAGAGCCCAGGCUCGGAAAACCUACAGGCUGCAGCAGAGCAGCCAGGGCAGCAGGAAGAGGAAGGAGGACUCCUCCAGGAAACACACACACAUGCAGAAAACGCCUCAUACGAUCAUAAGACAAUAGCACAGACUAGUAGGAUUAUGAUCCCUUCACUACUAACAGACACAACUCGAGUGUAACACUGACAACCCUUUUAUACACUGUACACUGUGAGCUCUCUAGCUGCUUGUAGUCGUGGGAACACAAUGUUCACACUUUAUAUUCAGAUGUAAAAGCCAUGUUUAAUAAAGUUAUCAAAUAAAACUGGAAAUAUU